AUGGACGAGAAGUUUGUAGAGAGGUUCGGUGUAGGAGGAUUGGGUGAGGAGGAGAUGUCGGCAGAGGGAACGGAGCCGCAGAAGGUCUCGCGCAAUCUCCACGCCUUCAUCUUCAUCCGUAUGCAGGCCCUGCAUCGAGCCCAUGGCGGCCCAAGAUUGUGCGAGUACUCUCGUAACUUCACCUUGCUUUACGACAACAUUGGAAAUUCCAUCUCUCUUCUCAUGGGCAAGAUUAUCGGCCCGCCGCCACCGACCCCGACUUUUCUCAUCAGCCUCGUGGAUCAGAGACAUGGCGAAUUCCCCUUUGCUAGAAGAAAGUAG